CCGGCACCAGCGUGCUGCGGUACCGUAGAGAUGGCUUCUCGUAGCCGGAGACCCGAGCACAGCGGACCGCCAGAGCUGUUUUAUGACCAAAAUGAAGCCCGGAAAUACGUUCGCAACUCACGGAUGAUUGACAUCCAGACCAAGAUGACUGAGAGAGCACUGGAGCUCCUCUGUCUGCCAGAGGGUCAGCCCUCUUAUCUGCUGGACAUUGGCUGCGGUACUGGACUGAGUGGAGACUAUAUCUCAGAGGAGGGGCACUAUUGGGUGGGCAUUGACAUCAGCUCUGCCAUGUUGGAUGCUGCCUUGGACCGAGACACAGAGGGAGACCUGCUGCUAGGGGACAUGGGCCAGGGAGUCCCUUUCCGACCAGGUUCUUUUGAUGGCUGCAUCAGCAUCUCAGCUGUUCAGUGGCUCUGCAAUGCAAACAAGAAGUCAGAUAUCCCUGCCAGGCGACUCUACUGCUUCUUCUCUUCUCUGUACUCUGCCCUCGUCCGUGGGGCCCGAGCUGUCCUGCAGCUGUACCCUGAGAACUCGGAGCAGCUGGAGCUGAUCACAACCCAGGCCACAAGGGCGGGCUUCACCGGUGGCGUGGUGGUGGACUUCCCCAACAGUGCCAAAGCAAAGAAGUUCUACCUCUGUCUGUUUUCUGGGCCUUCCACCUCCCUGCCAAAGGGGCUGACUGAAAGUCAGGAUGCAGACCAGGCCACCGAGUCUGCCUUCACCAGUGAAAGGGCUCCACACAAGAAGGCACGGCGGGACCUGGUGAAGAAGAGCCGCGAGUGGGUCCUAGAGAAGAAGGAGAGGCGCAGACGCCAGGGCAAGGAGGUCAGACCUGACACCCAGUACACAGGCCGCAAGCGCAAGCCCCGCUUCUGAGGGCGCUGCAUCUAAUCAAGGGGAGUCUGGCCACCCACACCUGCAUCCAGUUCUACAGGUGGCCCUGGCCACCCACACCUGCAUCCAAUUCUGCAUCCAGUCCUGCAGGCGGUCUGGGCCACCCACACCUGCAUCCAGUCCUGCAGGCGGCCCGGGCCACCCACACCUGCCAUCCAGUCCUGCAGGCGGCCCGGGCCACCCACACCUGCAUCCAGUCCUGCAGGCGGCCCUGGCCACCCACUCUGCUCAGAGGUUGGGAGCUGUCCAAUCCAGGACCUGCCUCUGAGGAAUUUUCUAGAUUGAACUGUUUACCUCAGCAGCUAGCAACAUAGUAUUUUAGAAAAGUUGCGAAUUUCUCAAAAUAUUUUUUCACUAAAAGUGUUCCAGGGAUUUGGGUUUGGCAGCCCAGAUCAUGUAAUUGCAACACCCUCCUUGGAGGCUGAGGCAUCAAGAUGGAAAGUUCCAGGCCAGUUUGGGCUACACAGCAAAAACCUGUUUUAAAAAAACAAAGUGAAAAAAUUUUUCUAAGAAUGUUUUAUUUUGUCCUAAAUACAUUAAUUUAGUUUCUAAGUAACUGGUGGCUAUAUAUCAACCUGUGUCUCGGGUUCCUCUGUUGGGGACCACUGCAUGGCUCCUAGCCAGGAACUGGAUUUAAAGACCUGGAAUGGACAGAAGCUUUGUUCCAUCUUGCGAGGGGCACAGAUGGGUUCCUUAAAUCAGGACUCCUCUCUCAUGUCCUGAUUAUGAUGCCAUGCGAGGUUGGGAAUGGGGUUCGGGUAUUUGAGGUGUCCACUGCCUCGAGUCUCUGCCAAGUCCCUUGCCUCACAUGGGAGGUGACCUCAGGUUGUUGGGACAAUAACAAGUGGUCAGAAGCACAGGUCCUGCUCUAGGAGGUGUUGAGUCCUCCAGGCUAAGGACAUUUGAUACAUAUGUAUCUCCCUAGGUGGUGGCAACUACACCUAGAUAUGGCACAGCAGGAAGGCAUUGAACAGGGAAGGUGAGGGGCCUAAAGGCCUUAACCUCUAGAGUUACAUCUCCCAGGGACCAGAUCCAGGACUUAGGCCCAGUGGGUACAGUUCUUGCCAUGGGAAUGAGGAGUUCAGAUUCAGGAACCCAGGUAAACAGUGAAGAAAAGAUCCUGCCUUGCACAAGGCAGAAGGUGAGGACCAAAGCCCAAAGUUAUCCUUUGAUCUCCUCACACAUGCACACACACUCAGACACCAUGUGUACUUUUCUUUUUAGGGGCUAGAGAUGGUCCAGUGGUUAAGAGCAUGUACUUCUCUUCCAGAGGUCCUGAGUUUGGUUUCUACCACCCACAUAACCAGCUAUAAUCCCAGCACCAGGGGAUCCAACGCCCUCUUCUGGCCUCCACAGGCACCUGCACUCACACGACAGACACACACACAUAAACAGGCAUGGUGGUGCUCCCUUUUAAUCCCAGCAUUCAGGAAGCCGACUUCUGACUUCUGAAUUUGAAGUCAGCCUGAUAUACCUAGUAAGUUCUAGAACAGUAAGGGCUACAUAGUCAGACCCUGUCUUAAUUUUUUUUUUUUUUUUUUUGAUUUUCGAAACAGGGUUUCUCCGUAGCUUUUUGGUUCCUGUCCUGGA